AUGUGGCACAGCCUGUGUGUAGGGGUGGAAGUGUCACAGGAGAGGUGAGUGGUGCCUUUGUUUGGAUGUAAACCGCCUGAAACAAAUAAGUAGGGCUGGCUGCUAAUCUCGCAGAAUAUGCAAAGCUGCAAACACCCGAGUGGCUGGAGGAGGAAGAGACACGGUUGGAGCCGAGACGCUGCAGGAACGAAUGCAUCUGUAGCAUAACUAUCAUAGUUAAAAUUAUAAGAACAAUAAUUGUAAUAACACGACGACAUGGUUUAAUAACGCCGGAGAAGGAAGGAGUGGGCGGAUGGAGCACUGUGUAUGAGUGAAACUGGGAAAAGGAAAGUCGUGGAUCGAUGAAGUGGGUUGUUUAACUUCUGUAAUAAUUUCCAAACACUCUCGAUAAAACCAUCUAAUUCGGGAACAAGGCGAGUGUGAUUACAGAGGUGGGAUAUCCUCACCGGAGCUCAUCCACCUGUUGGAGCUGCUCUCAUCCGUCCAGGUUUUCAAAUAGAAUAACAGAAUCUGCAGCGAAGCCAUGGACCCAACCAGUGCUCCGAGGGGAUGUGGCUCCAGCAUCAGCUCCAUAUAUUACAACCUGUGUGACCUGACUCAAAUGUGGGGGGUCGUGGUGGAGGUCGUUGCCGCUUCUGGCGUGGUGGCCUCCUUUGUCCUGUUCAUCAUCCUCAUGGCCGGCUUACCGUUUGUGACGGACAAGAAGAGAAAGGGUACGGUGGCCUUCCAGGCUGGCAUUCUAAUCUUUACUCUGGGACUCUUUGGACUUACGUUCGCCUUCAUCGUGGACCGGUACUCCACCAGCUGUGCUGCACGCAGGUUCCUGUUCGGAGUACUGUUCUCAGGCUGUCUAGCCUGCCUGGUGAUGCAUGGGUUGUGGCUUGCCCUGAUGAAGCGGAGAGGCUGGGUUCCCAGGGGCUGGAUGCUGUGCCUGGGAGCCCUGGGUCUGUGGCUGGUUGAGGUGAUCAUCAACACCGAGUGGCUCGUCAUCACUUUGGUCUGGAGGCCACAGGGCAACGUCACUGUCCCUGACCUGUCCUGCAGCAUUGCUAACCAGGACUUUGUGAUGGCACUCAUCUAUGUAAUGGUUCUGCUGCUAGCUGUGGUGCUGAUGGCUAUACCCUCACUGACACACAAGCAGUGGCGCAGAGAUGGAGCCUUCAUCCUGGUCACAGGGCUCCUCACUGUGGCUAUCUGGGUAGCUUGGAUUGUCAUGUACAUCCAUGGGAACAGAGUGGCCGGGAAUCCAACUUGGGACGAUCCCACUCUGGCUGUAGCUGUGGUGUCAAACGCCUGGGUGUUCCUCUUCCUCUACACUAUCCCAGAAGUCUGCUUACUGACUCAGCAAGACCCAGACAAGGAGGAGCCCCAUGAUGGAGAACAUAUCUAUCCCACCAGGAGCCUGGUUUGUGACAACAUCCUUAAGGAGAUGGAGACGCCUCAUCAGAACGUGUACCUGGAGAACAAAGCCUUCACAAUGGACGAGCCUCCAACAGUGCCCACAAAGCCAGUGUCUCCAUAUGGGGGGUACAAUGGUCUGUUGCGAAGCUGUGUUUACCAGCCCACUGAAAUUGCCCUGAUAGCCAAGGGUCUGACAAAGAGGGACCAAGAUGCUGUGAUGUUUCGAGCCACAUCCCCCUCUUUGAAUUCAGGAGGCGGCAGCAGCUCCCCGCCUCAUUCAGCAAAUUCCUUGCCAUCCUAGGGAGUGUCCCACAGGAAGACUGUAGAGAACACAUUGCACAUUCAGUUUUUAAAGCGAUGAAAUGAAUCCCCAACAGGGGUUUGUUCAAGCGUAAGAGUUCCUAAUAGCAAAUGUAAUGCAUCGUCCCUUUCUCUUCCUCAGGAAGAUGCUUGAAUCUCGCACUAUGAGCACAUCUCACACGCUUCCUACCCGUUUUAUACUUUAUAUUGUUUGUGCAGUAGGCAGAGUAUUAUAAAUAAAAUAUUACAAUUACUGUAGACGGGUGGCCAAUCUAUUCAUAGAACAAUGUGAAUAUUUCCAUAUGGAAAGGUUCACAAGUGUAGCUCCUCUAUUUUAUUUCCAUUCUCACCAGUAUAUGGAAACUAAUGCUUUCCCCUUUACUCUCAACUGUUAACCAGAAAUCCAGAAAGAGCAGAAUGUACUGUAUGCAUCUCUCUUUGAGCUAUAGUCAAUUUUAGGUGACAACUGAUCAAUUGUGUUGUCGGUUUCAGACAUGAACUCCGGAAAAUGUCUGGAAAAUCAGAUCGGGGCAGAUUGUCUUUCACAUAUGAAGAAUGCAAGUCGUAUUCAUCCUGAGAUAUUCGUAUUCUUUUUGUGUCACUUUUGUGUCCGUCAUGUGUUCAUCUUUGACACGUCCACUCACACUACAAUAUUCUCACAAGGGGUCACUUGGACAUUUUACAAUAGGGGGUUAAGCAGGAAACGUUCAGACUUUAGUGCAUGUGUGAAAGCAGCAUAUUUUAGUCGUGUAAAAAAAAAACUAAAGAGAAGGAUCAAGUACCAGCAGAAUAAAACAAGUGUCUAUAGCCUCAGUUGUGUGCAGUGUAAAGCCAAUGUCUUUGUCUAUUCUAGCUGCGAUUACAUUAUAACCAAUUAUUUUUUUUGUGCCGUCACAAUCUGCUGAUUCAAACUCGUCUGUUGCUCGUCAGGUUCACUUGUGAAAUAAAGUCAUUCAGACUUCCUUUGAAAGCCGUA